AUGGAUUACGGGCGAAAGAGGAAUCUUUCUUUUGUCACGAUUGGACUUCUGUUUUUCCUGAGUGGUAUUGAAUAUGCUGUUAUCCUUCCUACUAUAUGGAAGUAUCUGCAGAUUCUAGACGCCCCACCGUACUUCCUUGGACUCGGUCUGUCUGCGUUUAGCUUUAGCGGCCUGGUGACAGGGCCAUUAUUUGGUCGCUGGUCCGAUCGCACCCGCACUACGAAGACCAUCAUCCUUUUCUCCAACCUUUUCGAGAUAGUGGGGAACUUCAUGUACUUCCUGGGCUACUCGAAAUGGCUUCUCCUGUCCAGCCGACUCGUCGCAGGCGUUGGCGCUGGUGCAGGAUCGUCCAUUUUUGGCUUCCUGACGCAGACCACCGUCCCUGAAGAACGAGCUCGAGUGUUCGCCGCAGUGAUGGCAGCACGCCAAGCCGGACUCCUGAUUGGGCCUGCCUUUAACAUUUUCCUACGAUUGUGCGAUUUUCGCCUGGGACCAUUCAUCGUGAACAAAUACACCGCCCCUGGGCUCUUCAUGUGUGCCAUGUGGCUGGUGCUCCAGUUAGCCGUGCUUCUGCUGUACUGGGAUGUGCCUCCACUGGACUCUGUGCCCAAGAGCAACACUGCCCUCAGGGAGGAAGACGAGCAGCCACUCAUUUGCUUGCAGGGUCAGGAUGGCACACCAGGGUCUUGCACCAUGGUGCUAUCUGAUCAGACCGAGACACAGCUUUCAGAGGAACUGGGCACAUCCGAGCCAGGAGCAACGCCCGCAUCGGACAGACCUCCCUCCCUGGACGACCCGUUCGAGAACUUCAAUGCCAGCCAAGAGUUUCUCAGGGAGGAGGUGGUGGUUCUUCUCACCGCGCAGUUCAUCACGCUCUUUAAUCAGACCGCGCUCGAGACCAUGGUGACGCCGAUGACGCAGAAGUACUUCGGGUUCGGUGAGCUGGGGAACAGCGUGAUGUACGGCCUCUGCGGCGUGGAGGUGAUCGCCGGCUUCUUCCUGGUGCGCUGGCUGAGCCACGUGUUCGAGGAACGCGUGCUGCUCGCCGCUGGUUUGCUCGUGAGCUGCGUGGCCUGCGUCUGGUGCCUCGUCUUCCUGGCAGACCCCAAGGGCGGCUUUGCGCUCCAGCUGACCGAGUUCAUCGUUGGGGUUUUCCUGCAGCUGUUGGGGCUUCCCUUUGUGGCGGUGUCUCAGGUGACCCUGUUCUCCAAAGUCACUGCGGAGAAGACACAAGGCUUUAGUCAGGGUGUCCGGCGCUCCAUCGGAGGUCUUGCCACAAUUCUGGGGCCACUCUGGGCUGGUGGUUUAACUGGGAACUUGUACGUAAUGCUGGGAAUGAUGCUCUUCCUCCUCACACUCAUCAUGAUCAUGAUGGUGCUGUCCUACGAAAAACUGGUGGAGCCCCCCGUGGUGCGGCACGCAGACGACUCCGAGAGCGAGGGAUAGAGGACGAAGUCAAUCGUUCAUACAGGGUUAUAUUUCCAUUCAGGAUUGUGGCUCGCGGCGGUCCGUCUGGCCCAAGUUUUCAGUGCGUGUGGUGCUCGGUGGAACAGAUGCCAGAGCAGUGGUAGCUACCGGCUCGUGCCAGGAGCAGCAGACCUCGGCCUGCGAGAGGAACGGACACACACACACACACACACACACACACACACACACAACACACACUCAUAGGCAUACGCCCACACAUAUGCUCACCCAGACACAACAGUUCUGCUUAUGUUAUUUGCACAGUUUUGCUUAAAAUGUACAGGAGUGUAAAUAUGGAACAGCGUUCAUCCACGAAACACACAAUCAUUCAUUCAUUUCAACAUUCAUUUGUCGCUUUGCUUACAUUUGUGUGACAGUAGUUUUACAGUGAUUGUACAGACGAGGGCGCUAUUCCUCCACAACACUGAGUGUUAAUGUGUGUGUGUGUGUGUGUGUGUGUGUGUGUGUGUGUGUGUGUGUGCGUGCGUGCGUGCGUGCGCAUGCAUGUUUGUGUUUUUAUAUCUUAUUGUGGACCAAGUGUCCACACAAGGACAGGUAUAUUUAGCAGUUUUGACACACAAUUUGUUUGCUUGUUUGCUUGUGUAUUUAAAAAAGAUAAAGUAAAAAAAAAAAGUUUUGUGCUAAUUCAGUUGCUGAGGUCACAGGUAUGGUUAGGUAUAAGGUUUUACCACAGCAUUACCUUUAGCUGCUUUGAUUAUGACAUCAGUGGAAGGUCCUUAUAAGGGUUAUAGGACAAAAAUGUGUGUGUGGACAUGAAUAUACAAUGAUAGGAAUGUCGUAUUUUUGAUCUUGUGGGGGCACUUUGUCCUUGAAAAGAUAAAAUAAGUAAAUAAAAACACACGCACAUUCAUCCUUAUAAGGACCUUCCACUGAAAGUAUUAAGAAUUAUAAGGUCCACAUCAGGACAGUAAGACAAUCACAUAUCAAGUGUCCCCAAAGAGACCUUUUCUGACUUUAUGUCUGGUCCCCACAAGCAUUUUCCACUUUUAAUUUAAAGUAGAACAGCCCGAAAGUUUGAUUUAGGAUUCAGCAUUGCAUGACCUGUAGAUGCGGUAAUCAUUA